AACCGAAUAUGGGUCGGACAACUCACUUCAGGCAAUGCAGCUUGUAUCCGCUGGACCCGAUCCAAUUACACCCCUAGAAGUCUUGCGUCGCAAGACUGUGCCGGCAUCUUGCUUGCUUGCGUCCGCCUUUUUCCCUCUACCUCUCCGCCAGGUCUAUCCUGAUUUCGUGGCUAGGUCUUCGCCUUCUGCUUUUUGGGCUAACGGGAAAAUGUUCCUCACUAGAACCGAGUACGACAGAGGUGUGAACACAUUCUCCCCGGAAGGCAGAUUGUUUCAAGUCGAAUAUGCGAUCGAGGCGAUCAAGUUGGGUUCAACUGCAAUCGGAAUAAAGACUAAGGAAGGUGUAGUUUUGGCUGUAGAGAAGCGGAUCACCUCCCCAUUACUGGAACCUAGUAGCGUGGAGAAAAUCAUGGAAAUUGAUGAACAUAUUGGAUGUGCAAUGAGUGGACUGAUUGCUGAUGCUCGCACAUUAGUUGAGCAUGCAAGGGUUGAAACCCAGAACCACAGGUUUUCAUAUGGUGAACCUAUGACUGUGGAGUCUACCACCCAAGCACUCUGUGAUCUAGCUCUUCGAUUUGGUGAAGGUGAUGAAGAGUCCAUGUCUCGUCCAUUUGGUGUGUCUCUCUUGAUUGCUGGGCAUGACGAGAAUGGACCAAGCCUUUACUACACAGACCCAUCUGGCACAUUUUGGCAGUGCAAUGCUAAAGCAAUCGGAUCUGGUUCAGAGGGAGCAGAUAGUUCCUUGCAAGAACAGUACAAUAAGGAUCUCUCACUUUUAGAAGCAGAAAAGAUUGCUCUGUCCAUCUUGAAGCAAGUAAUGGAAGAAAAGGUAACACCUAAUAAUGUUGACAUUGCAAAAGUGGCUCCGACCUACCACCUUUAUUCUCCUUCUGAGGUUCAGGCUGUCAUCAGCCGUCUAUAGGAGAUCUGAUGAAUGGUAAACCUGUUAGUGCUGUACUAGAAUAUAUUGAUUAAUUGCUGUAUCCUCUUGGCCAGCGGUAUCAUUUUGAGUCUUCACUCCACAUUCACCUUUGGUAGGAUUUUUAUUUUAAUUGCUCGAGUGUUUCACCUUUUGGGAAACAUGUGGUCACCCUUGUGGCUUUUUUUGUUUUUUUGCAUCCUUUUUAUUAAAAAGUAUCUUGAAAUGCAUGUGUUUGAUUGCAAGCUCGCUGCAGGGCUUUCACGCUUUCCAAUUUCCCUAUAUGCUAAAACAUACUUUUUUGGAGAAAUCUCAGUUGACCCAUUAUGUUUGUGGA